ACGUUUCCUCUAUUCCCUCAUACUGAGCACACAUCAUACAUCCCAGCUAUAAUCCUCUCCCCCUCACAGCCAAAACACCCCUCUCAAAAUCAAACUCAACGCUAGUUGUCUUUUUGUUUUUAAAUUUUUAAGAACAUAUGGGAUCCCAUUGAAGCUCUAAUGCGAGUUUCCCCGUCGAAUCCAGGCACCAUUUGAGGCAAAACCUGUAAAAAUGUCUUCCAAAAAGCAAGCACUUUUCAUAUCCUCCCUCGUAAUCCUCUGGUACUCCUCCAACAUCGGUGUCCUCCUCCUGAACAAGUUCUUGCUCUCAAAUUAUGGCUUCAGGUUCCCAAUUUUCCUCACAAUGUGCCACAUGUCGGCCUGUGCCAUACUCAGCUACUUUUCCAUCGUUUUCCUCAAGCUUGUGCCCAUCCAGGCCAUUAAAUCUCGCUCCCAGUUCCUCAAGAUUGCGACUUUGAGCGUUGUGUUUUGUGGGUCUGUUGUGGGUGGGAACAUCUCCCUCAGGUACCUCGCGGUGUCAUUUAACCAGGCUGUCGGAGCCACGACGCCGUUUUUCACGGCGCUGUUUGCGUUUAUGGUUACCCUUAAGAGGGAGGCUUGGGUCACGUACGCUGCUCUUGUUCCAGUUGUUGCUGGAGUUGUGAUUGCUAGUGGGGGUGAGCCAGGUUUCCAUUUGUUUGGAUUCAUUAUGUGCAUAAGUGCAACUGCUGCAAGGGCCUUUAAGUCUGUUCUUCAGGGUAUCCUACUUUCUUCCGAAGGGGAAAAGCUGAACUCAAUGAAUUUGCUGCUAUACAUGUCACCAAUUGCAGUUCUAGUUUUAUUGCCUGCAACGCUUAUAAUGGAGCCCAAUGUCUUAGAAGUUACUGUGUCGCUUGGAAAAGAGCAUAAAUAUAUGUGGCUGCUGCUUUUAAUUAAUUCAGUAUUGGCCUAUUCUGCUAACUUGUCGAACUUCUUGGUGACAAAACAUACAAGUGCAUUGACACUUCAGGUAUUAGGAAAUGCUAAAGGUGCCGUUGCGGUUGUUAUCUCAAUACUCUUGUUCAGAAAUCCGGUUACUGCUCUGGGCAUUGGCGGGUACACAAUCACUGUGCUUGGGGUGAUUGCCUAUGGAGAAGCAAAGCGGAGGUUUAGAUGAAUGGAAUAGUUUUAAACGGAGCAGUGGAAUUACAUGGGCGUAGAUUCUUGUAGAAUAUUGUUUUCAUUUAUUGAUUAUUGUGUAGACUAACAUAUUCUUCGAAUCAUCCUAUUCUGAUUUAUUGGUGAGUGACAUCUCGUUCUUGUUUGUGCCA